AUGGAUCUAGUAGAGGGCUCGUAUGCGACCCCAGAAGCCUCCCAGCUCCAGCUGUCAAUAGGAGGCAAGCGGGACUGUGUUGAUAUCGUGUUCAUGGACUGGCUGUGCGUGGACUUCCGUGAGAGAGUUCUGGAUGCACUGGCGAGCUCCCGUGACAGUACUUUCAUUAAAUUGAAGCAUUCAGCCAAAAAAAACAUACUCGACAUUCUAGACUGCAUCAGCUCUCUUUCUGUCUCGGAGAAGGAGAAAGUGAAAGAGACAGCAGAAGGUCUUCCAGAUACACCCCGAAGCAGCCUCGAUACAAUCCCAGUGGAUAGUCCACCCGAAUAUUUGGGGAUCCAUGGGGACUCACCGCCGACGGAACUUUUUCAACAUCUGAACGACAUCGGCCUCAGGUCUCUUGGCCUGUCGCUCUCCACGACAUCCGCAGAACCUGGGGCGACGGGUGAGUGGCCAAUCCUGUCACCUAGAGUCUUAAUCCCCACCAACGAGGCGCUGCUGCGGAGUGGCGACUCUGGCGACUGCGAUAGGAUACACAUUGCAGGCAGGGAUGAAAUGCAGUGGUGGUCCUUGCAGGGUGACUUUAAUGAUACCCCUGCCCGAAUGAGUCCAAAGACACCGAGCAAUAUGCCUCUCUGGCCAGCGGGCCAGAGUGAAGAUCCAACUCAAAUGCCGACUCCUGCGGUUUUAGACUUUAUGGAUUUGGAUGUACUGGUGGAACAACAAGAGAUGUAUAGCCCCACCAAUCACUCCAACCCGAAAGAGGGUGCAGUGCUACCUGUGUCCGCGACACAGAUGGGGCAUAAUGAUAUGCAACUAGAAGAGGUCCGAGAGGGCCUUGUCGCACAAUUGACCCGGUCACCGGCACCAGAUCAAAGUGUUGGAUCUAUCCUAGAUCCCCAACGAUGGAGUACCCACUCUCCGGUGCCAAAUAGAACUGGUGGACUUAUCAUAAGUCCGCAGGGACGAGGCAGACUCUCUCCAGCUCCCAACUCCCCGGCAAUAUUCACACAGCAGCCUACUCCCUCCGUAGCCCGAGCCCAAAGCUCAGCUGCCUGGGACUCCCGCGUAAACCGCGCGGUUUCCCACAAUAUCCUGACUUUGUCCCCUGCUACCGUUGGUGGUGCACAGGUCAUCCGAGCGCAUCCCACACCUCAAAUGCCUGGGAGUGAGUCCGAGGGUGCCGAGGAGACUGCAGUGGCAGCAGCACCCUGCAAUAAGGUAGCGGAAGAGGGUACGGAGGCUAUAGCUCCCUACGCAACUGAGAUCUCAUCGCUGGUGGGGUUGGAUUGCACCCCGGUUCAUUUGCCGUCGGCCAGUCAGGUCUUUGCGGCGUUUAGCCACCAUCUCUCAGAAAGCAAGCGCUCUGUGGCACAGCUCCUGACCUGUCUCUUUUACGCGGUUGGGAGUCCUGACGCUUUGAGUCAAUUACGCCAUGCACUCCAAUUCGCACGGGAGACCUCCGUGAUUCCGGUGGUACAAUCCGGCCUUCAAAACGACCUCGCAACCACUGUGCAAGCCCUUGACCGACUCGACUCCAUUACUGCCCUCUCACACAUCCUCCGGCGAUAUUACCUUGUUCGUCUCUCAGCCCAUCGCACCAGACUGGAACAAGAUCAUAUUGCUACCAAACUUGCUGGGCGAGGAUCCAAGCGCAUGCUCAAAUAUGACUGCUCUCGCCUACAGCUGAUCCAAGACAGCGGGAAGAGUGGAGCUCGUUCAGCCGACAGAAGUGAUCGACGUGUGAGCAAGGCUCGGCCCAAGAACCGGUCCAAGACGCAGGCUCUGACGGAUCUAAUGCAAAUCCUAUACCCGGGGCUCACUCCCCCUCCCGUAGGAGAGAGUCGUAAGAACAACGACUGCAUGUAUACUAGAAAGUUAACCCAGCUGCGUAACCGCUUAUCAUGCGCGCGCAACUGGUAUACUUUUGAACAUACCUUUCCCGGAGCAAUUCUGGCCUUGAUACCUUGCGCCGGGCGAUACUCCAUCAGUAUUGAUCAGGUGGAAAAAUUAUCAAGUGAUACCAUCCGGCUCUUCUUGACAUACCUGCAAGAACAUCGGGGCGCGUACUUGCGGAGCCUGAGCCAGGCUCUAUCUAAAGAGGUGUUUGACGUGCUGGGCGGAGUAGAUCUUUCGCAAAAAUUUGUGUUUGAGACGGCCGACAUAGCGUCCCUCGGCGAAUACUUAUACGACACAGAAGAUUUGCUUCAACUGUGCAAGGCAGUAGUUUAA